AUGAGAUCGGGCAUGAGCUUGGCUACUACGCAGAUCGAUUCGGCACAGCAGAGCGCUCCAGAAGCAGGGAUAGAGACAGCAGCAAGAGAGCAGCAGCAGCAAGAGGAGGAGGAGGAGGAAGGGAAAGCAGCCAAUCCUGCUCCGAGCGACGUGGCAGGGCUGCUCAAGGGUGUGGACAUGCAGAGGCUGCACUUCACGGAUCGAGGUAGGAAGACGCUUCACCAGAUCAUCGAGCUAGUCGACUCCUUCCCAUCGAAGACGUAA